GUCAGCUCGGAGGAAAACAUACAAGUAUGAGAACGACACUCAGACAACAAUGGGCCUUGAGGUCCGUAACCCACAUACCACAAAUUUCGACCAACUCCGCUUCGUCAUUGUCUGUUCAGUGGCAGCGUUCAUCAAAAUGAGAGUCACUAUAUAUUUGUUCGCAAGGACCAUAUUUGUUUCCGAGUCCAUCGUCGGCGACGGUACCAAAUAUUGCAAUGACCUAUAGCGUGAAUCCAACAUAUCCCCUCGUCCCCGUUAUCUCUUUCUUCGGUACCUUCCUUGUUCUCAUCCCCUUCCCAUGGCACCUACAGGCCUGGAAUGCAGGCUCAUGCGUCUAUAUGGUCUGGGUAGCCGUACCAUGUCUUAUCGAAUUCUUGAACUCUAUCAUCUGGCACAACAACGCUUUGAAUGUUGCACCUGUAUGGUGUGAUAUAUCAACUAAAUUACUCAUUGGAGCCAGCGUUGGCAUCCCUGCCUCUGCAUUGUGUAUUAGUCGCCGCUUGUACAGCAUAGCUGUCAUCAAAACCGUGUCCGCAACUCAUAAUAAAUGGCGUGUUGUCAUCGUUGAUCUUUCCAUAUCAAUCGGUAUCCCUGUCAUAGUCAUGGUACUUCACUACAUCGUUCAAGGGCACCGUUUCGAUAUCCUUGAAGAUGUCGGUUGCUGGCCGGCAACUUACAAUGUGAUACCAGCAUAUUUCCUGGUUUACAUGUGGCCUUCACUACUUGGCUGCAUUUCUUUCGUUUACUCUGGUCUGACUCUUGCUGCAUUCUGUAAGCGCCGUAUGGCGUUCAACUCCCACAUAGGACGCAACAAUUCGAUGAAUGACAGCCUUUACAUCCGUAUGAUGUUGCUAUCCGUCAUCGAAAUGGCCUUCACUGUACCAAUUAGUAUCUACACUGUCUAUAUCGCCAGCACAAACGUGCCAAUGCAACCAUGGGUAUCUUUUUCAGACACCCAUUAUAAUUUUUCAUACGUCGGCCUUAUUCCUGCCGCUGAAUGGACCAGCAAUUCAACCUAUAAACACUCCAUCAAUUUGACACAAUGGCUCUUUCCACUUUGCGCCUUCAUAUUCUUUGUUCUCUUUGGCUUCACAAUUGAAGCAAAGAAGUACUAUUGUAUGUAUUUCUUAUGGAUCGCAAAGCACUUCGGCUACAAUCCUCCUGUAAUGCAGCCGUCAACGCCCUAUGCUUCAAGGUUGAGAGGCAAAUUCGCUGAUUCGUUGCCAGUUUACAGCACCCCUGCCCCUCGUCGAAUCAAACUUCAGUCAUCAUUGACGCCUGUCUACGACACCAAGAAGUCGUCUCAUAUAGUGACAUGUACGGUUGAUACCGACAUCCAAACGCCAUCUGAAGCUCAUUCCUGGGCGCGCUGCACUGAGCGUUAUGUGGUCCCCGCAUACCACCGUCCCUUUUCGCCACCCACCCUGUACCCUCACACUGUUGACCUGGAUAACUCUAUGCGAUCAACAUCUGCGUCCGCCACAAUCAUACGAAACCACGCCCCCCGUGGAUAUCUAUGAACUGCCGCUCAUCUUUCUGUUUGACUCAUGAUGUGUUCGUUAUAUCCCAACUAGGGGCUAAUAUUCUCUUCAUGCCAGCCUGACUAGUGUAUACAGUAUUACUCGCAUUAUAUUCCAACGUCGCUUGAACUAGCUUACUAUUUUCGUUUUUAAUGCUUUGUUGUUUUCGAUGCUAGAUCCACAAAUGGUCUUACAGUGCACUACUUCCACAUCUCUUAUCCCACUCAAGUACGACAUAUGACAACAUUAUGAUUCUGAUUAUGUACAUCAUCUGGCAAUGUCAUUGAUCGGUACUGGCAGGAUUCUACAUAAUUGAUAAUCUCGAUUAUAUAAUCCAUCGUCCCCACCACUGCUUGCGCACGCACUCGCGGUG